UAUACCGCAGCAAACCGGUUUAAGGUCAUGUUUUUCUGCCACUGUCACUCCUUGAGUAGUAGUAGAACUUGCAUGAUGGGAUUUGGGAGUGUGGACUCCAAUUUCUAACCCUCAAGUAUCCGUUUUCAACGAUGUUCUCUCUCAGACGCAUCCUUCCCGCCCAACAUCACCACCACCCAUUCUCCACCUCCAUCUCCGCCGCCAUCGCCGCCAACACCACCCCCACACCCUCCCUCCCCGAAUCCUACAGAGUACAACCUCCAAUCAAACCCUGGCCUCACCGCCUCAACCCUAAACUAAUAUCAUCUCUCAUUUCCCGCCAACACGACCCCAACCUCUCCCUUCAAAUCUUCCUCCACGCCCAACACCACCACCGCCCUCCUUUCUCCCACAAUCCCCAAACCUACCAAGCCAUCUUCCUCAAACUCUCACGAUUCCGCUGCUUCCGCGAUAUCGAAACCCUUCUCACCACCCUCCGCCGUUCGCCCCAGCAAUUCAUUCAAUCCUGUGGCGAAGAACCGCUUAUAACCGUCAUUCGCGGUUACGGACUUGCGGGAAAGCCCAUACGGGCUCUGAAAACUUUCAUGAGGAUCAAAUCGUUUGGGAUUCGACCCUCGGUUAGGUCACUCAAUGCACUAUUGAAUUCUUUGGUUCAGAAUAAGCGUUACCGCUUGGCGUUCUUGUUGUUUAAGAAUUCUGGAGAUAGGUUUGGGGUUUUGCCUAAUGUGGUUAGUUGUAAUAUCUUGCUUAAGGCACUUUGUAAAGGGAAUGAGGUUGAAGUUGCUGUUAGGGUUUUGGAUGAGAUGCCUGGGAUGGGUUUGGUUCCUAAUGUUGUUAGUUAUACUACUGUUUUGGGUGGGUAUGUUUGGAGGGGUGAUAUGGAUGGUGCUAUGAGGGUUUUUCGCGAGAUUUUGGAUCGAGGGUGGGAUCCUGAUGUGACUAGCUAUACGGUUUUGGUGGAUGGGUUUUGUAGGUUAGGGAAAUUGGUGGAUGGGAUUAGGGUGAUGGAUAUUAUGGAGGAGAAUGGGGUUGAACCGAAUGAGGUUACUUAUGGUGUUAUGAUUCAAGCUUAUUGCAAGGAGAAGAGAUCCGGGGAAGCGGUUAACUUGAUUGAGGAUAUGCUUGGGAAGGAUUGUGUUCCUGGCUCGGAGCUGUGUUGUAAUGUUGUUGAUUUGCUGUGUGAGGAAGGGAAUGUUGAGAGAGCUUGUGAGGUGUGGAGGAUGGUUUCGAGGAAGGAUUGUAGCCUCGACAGUGCUGUUGUUGUGAGCACUCUUAUACAUUGGCUUUGCAAGAAGGGGAAGGUGCUGGAGGCUAGGAACGUGUUUGAUGAGUUUGGGAAGGAAUCGGUUGCUAGUCUCUUGACGUAUAAUACGUUGAUUGCUGGAUUGUGUGAGGGAGGAGAACUCUGUGAGGCGGCGAAACUGUGGGACGACAUGGUGGAAAAGGGUGUUGCGGCUAAUGCUUUUACCUAUAACAUGUUGAUUAAAGGAUUUUGUAAGGAUGGAAAUGCCAAGGAGGGUAUUAGAAUUCUAGAGGAGAUGUUGGAACACGGGUGUUUGCCAAACAAAUCAACCUACUUAAUAUUGAUUGAUGGGCUUUUGCUUUCAGGUGGAAUGCAACAAGAAAUCAACAAGAUAGUUUCACUUGCCACGUCCACUGGAGUAGAUGCUGACUUGUGGAAUCAUUUUGUAAGACCUAUUGUGGGCAAUGUAAAUUGUGGUGCAGCUGAACUUGAUAUGAUAUUAUUAGAGAAUGCAGUGUAAUAAUAUUCUGAAUAAUGCUGCUAAAUAUGAUCUUUGGAAUGUGAUGGCAAAAGAGGCUUGAAUGUUUGAAACUCUAUGCAUUGUUGAGGCAUUCUUUUAGCUGAUAUACUUAACAGUUACUGAGCUUGAAAGUGGCUGGCCAUUAUAGUUUCCAUCAACACUGAGUUUUCUUAUUACUAAAUUUAAUCACCAUCCUCUGCAUCCAAAGGAAUGUUGAUUGUGCAAAUACGGUGACAUGGAGCAGCCUGUCACUUAUUCAGUGCGUUUGGACAUAAUGAGGACACGUGGGUUUGGAAGUGGAAAAUAGCAGGGAAACAUUCGGUAAAAUCAGCUGUCUCUUUUUGGUUUCUCAAUCUUCCAAUGCAGUUGUGUGGUCUGAUUUAGCAUAGAAGCCGGUAUUCAGAUUAUUGUGGAAGAGCUCGGCUCCAUCUAAGGCUAUAAUUUUUUCUCGGCAGACUAUGCUUAGUUGGUUGCCAACCAGAGUUAAUUUAUUUUGGAAAAAGAUUUUAACAUGUUAACCUACGGUAGUAUGACUGGUGGCUGUCUGUUGUGCGGGCAGCAAGCAGAAUCUGCCCUGCAGUUAUUUUAUCACUGUAUUGUUACUUCUAGAAUAUGGCAUGCUGCUUAUAAUUGGUUGGGAGUGUGUAUGCCCAAUCCAGCGAUUUUAAUCGAUUCGCUUAUACAGUUCUGUUGAUAUACUUGCAGUAAGAAAGAGAAGAAGAUAAGGUCUUUAAUUUGGAAUGUGGUUUUCAAGUCUAUUUAGGAGGUUAUUGAGGUACUGCUAUGAAAAUAAAAGGUGAAACCAUGUAGAAAUGUGAAAAGGGAUAACUUUGAAAGAAUGUUGAGAGAGGUAUAGUGAAGGAAGGAAUUAUGAUGGUCUCUUGCCAGUGGGAAAGAGAACACAUAUAUAUGACAUUGAUCAUGUUCCAAAUAAUUCCAAAGAUGGCAAUGAUUAUGAUGCUGAUAAUAUGAGGAAACUGAGCCUGAGUGUUACAUAAUUGGAUGCUAUGAUACUGAUAAUACGGUGCUUUACAAAGAUUGAGAUAGGUAAAGGAAACUGAACCUGAGUGUGUUUAAUAACUUAAUACUAGAGCCUUUGGUGUUUAUUUGAGAGUCUCAUUCCAUAUCUGUUGUAUGAAUAGAAACAAUUAUUCCUAGAAGAAUAUUGUGUCAACUAAACUAUGUAUUGGAUACCGAAGGUGGUUCUCAUGUAUCGGUACUAACUGAUAGCAGAAUGUUGAAUAAAGUGAGAAUAGAGCAAAAGUUGUUGCAUCAGUAGUAAUAGGAACUUUUGUACUGAUUUUGCCUAGUGGGCCUGUGUAGGAACUUUGAAAAAUGUUUUCAUGUUCUAGUUAUAUGUAGAAACAUUGUUUAACUCUCUUAUUGGAUAAAUGUGGUUAUGUGUAUACGAAUGACAUUUUCUAUAUUUUUACACCUUUGAAUAUUAGUAAGUCUAUGUAUAAUGCAUAAAGGGUCCAGCCAUAUGGUUUAAACUGCUCAUGUAUUUGGCAUAGCUGUUUGUUUAGGCUAUAUAGAUGUGAGGCACAUUUGUGAGCCCCAUUCACUUCUAUUAUUUGAUUAUGAAUCAUUUGAAAUAUCUUUUUUAUUUGAAAAGAUGAUUAAGUUUUAAUUCACUGAUAAUGUCGAAAGCACUAGUUUCAAUACAUAAUGAUGUUUGUGUACAACUAAACAAAUGUUUAAAGAGUAUUACAAAGCGUUUCUUAAAUAAAAAAAAAUCAAUUUCAAUCUCAUUUAAAAUAAAGAUAUAGUGCCUUUCUAGUUUUUUUUCUUCUUAAAAUACCAAUAUUAUUAAGUUGAAAUUGUUUCUUUAGGAUCAUUACGACUUUC